CGGCGGGAGGAGCCGGCGGUAGCGUGGCGCCUGCGGGCUGGGCUGUGGGCGUCGGGUCCGAGGGGCUUGAGCUUCCCCCUCCGCGCCAUGGCAGAGGCCGCCGACGCCGUGCGGCUGCUCUUGGGCUCCACGGCACUGUGGCUCUUGCUGCUUGGCGCCGGGACGGCCUCCGCGUCCACGGCGGUGACCGCCCACUUGACCGCGAAGUGGCCCGAGACCCCGCUGCUGCUGGAGGCCAGUGAAUUUAUGGCUGAAGAAAGUAAUGAAAAAUUUUGGCAGUUUUUGGAAACUGUACAAGAAUUAGCAAUUUAUAAGAAAACAGAAUCAGAUUAUUCUUACUACAACUUAAUUCUGAAGAAAGCUGGACAAUUUUUAGACAAUUUACAUAUCAAUCUCUUAAAGUUUGCUUUCUCUAUAAGGGCAUACUCUCCAACUGUUCAGAUGUUUCAACAGAUUGCAGCUGAUGAGCCCCCACCAGAUGGCUGUGAUGCAUUUGUGGUUAUCCAUAAGAAACACACCUGUAAAAUUAAUCAGAUUAAAAAGCUGCUGAAGAAGGCUACUUCAAGACCCAAACCUUAUCUGUUUAAAGGAGAUCAUAAAUUUCCUACGAACAAAGAAAACUUACCAGUGAUUAUUCUCUAUGCUGAAAUGGGUACUAGAGCAUUUCGUCAAUUUCACACAGUAUUGUCUGAAAAAGCUCAAAAUGGGGAAAUUCUUUAUGUUCUUCGGCACUAUAUUCAGAAACCAGCCUCACAGAAAAUGUACUUAUCUGGCUAUGGUGUGGAGCUAGCAAUUAAGAGUACGGAAUACAAAGCGCUGGAUGAUACUCAAGUCAAAACUGUGACUAAUACUUCUGUAGAAGAUAAGACUGAAACAAAUGAAGUUCAAGGAUUUCUCUUUGGGAAACUAAAAGAAAGAUACUCAGAUCUUAGAGAUAAUCUGACAACAUUCCAAAAAUACCUUAUUGAGAGUAAUAAAGAAAUGAUGCCUUUGAAAGUCUGGGAACUACAAGAUCUUAGUUUUCAAGCAGCUUCUCAGAUAAAGUCCACUCCAGUUUAUGAUGCCAUAAAAUUAAUGAAAGACAUUUCUCAGAACUUCCCUGUAAAAGCCAGAUCUCUGACCAGAAUUGCUGUAAAUCAACCCAUGAGGGAAGAGAUACAGGAAAAUCAAAAGUAUCUUCUAGAUGAAUUUGAAAUUCAGCCAGGUGAUGCUUAUCUAUAUAUAAAUGGACUUCAUAUUGAUAUUGAUUCUUAUGAUCCUUUUAGUCUUUUGGAUAUGCUGAAACUAGAAGGAAAACUGAUGAAUGGCCUCCACAGUCUUGGGAUCAACGGAGAAGAUAUGAGCACAUUUUUAAAAUUAAGUUCACGUGGUUGGGAAGAUACCUAUGCAUUAGAUAUUAGGCAUUCUUCUAUAAUGUGGAUUAAUGACUUAGAAAAUGAUGAUUUGUAUGCUUCGUGGCCUGCAAGUUGCCAGGAACUUUUGAAGCCAGUAUUCCCUGGAAGUAUCCCUUUAAUAAGGCGUAAUUUUCAUAAUUUGGUUCUGUUUAUUGAUCCUGCUCAAGAAUAUACCUUGGAUUUUAUAAAACUUGCUGAACUUUUCUAUUACCAUAAAAUUCCUCUUAGAAUUGGUUUUGUGUUCAUUGUUAAUACAGUUGAUGAAGUUGAUGGAACAAAUGAUGCUGGAGUUGCUCUUUGGCGAGCGUUCAACUAUAUUGCAGAACAGCAUGGUGUAUCACAGGCAUUUAUUUCCAUAGUACAUAUGUAUGAAAAAGUGAAGAAUAAAAAUAUACUCACUGUGGACAAUGUGAAGAGUGUGCUCCAAGAUAAAUUUCCUCAUGCUAAUAUUUGGGAUAUUUUGGGUGUUUAUUCUAAAUAUGAUGAUGAAAGAAAGGCAGGAGCAAACUUUUAUAAGAUGACUGGUCUAGGUCCUUUGCCUCAAGCUCUUUAUAAUGGUGAAUCCUUUGACGGUGAAGAGUUGAAUGUUAAUGAACUAGAAGUGGCUGUUCUCCACAGAAUAAUGAAUGUAACUAAAUAUUUACAAAAGGAAGUUUUUAUGGGCACAUUAAAUGAUGAAACAAAUGCAAUUGACUUCCUUAUGGAUAAAGAUAAUGUUGUGCCCCGUAUAAAUCCUUUGAUUUUGCAAAGUAAAUGGCAGUACCUUAAUUUAAUAUCUACAUCAGUAACUGCUGAUGUUGAAGAUUUCUCUACUUUCCUCUUCUUGGAUUCACAAGAUAAAAGUGCUGUAAUUGCAGAGAAUAUGUAUUAUUUAACCCACGAAGAUGGUGAUGUAAUUUCUUUAGUUACUUUCUGGAUUAUUGCUGAUUUUGACAAACCAUCUGGGAGAAAAGUGCUUUUCAAUGCAUUAGAGCACAUGGAAACAAGUGUUUAUAGUCGGUUGGGGAUUAUUUAUAAUCCUACAUCCAAAAUAGAUGAAGAGAGCACAGCUAUUUCUAGAGGAAUUCUGGCAGCUUUUCUUACACAGAGAAACAACUUUUUGAGAAACUUUCUCAUGAAACUGACAGAGGAAGAAACUGCUACAGCUGUUUACUCUGGAGCUAAAAUUAAAACGUUCCUUACUGAGGGGAUGGAUAAAAAUGCUUUUGAGAAAAAAUAUAAUACCAUUGGAGUGAAUAUUUUUCGAACUCACCAGUUGUUCUGUCAAGAGGUACUUAAAUUGAAUCCUGGAGAAAUAGGUGUUGUCAGCAAUGGGAAAUUCUUAGGACCUUUAGAUGAAAAUUUCUAUGCAGAAGAUUUUUACUUAUUGGAAAAGAUAACAGCUACUAAUUUAAUAGAUACAAUUGAAGACAUUGUUGAAACUACGGAAAUCGACUCAGAGGACUUGAGUGACCUUAUUAUGAAAAUUGAUGCCCUUGUUUCCUCUUUGCCUAACUAUGCAUCUCGGUAUGAUGUCACAUUUCUUAAGGAGAAUCACAGCAUGAUAAAGAUAAAUUCUCAGGAGGAGGAUAUGGUCUUUGAUGUCAUUGCUAUUGUUGACCCAUUGACAAGAGAAGCACAGAAGAUGGCACAGUUACUGAUUGUCCUUGGAAAGAUUAUCAACAUGAAGAUUAAGUUGUUCAUGAACUGCAGGGGGAAGCUUUCAGAAGCCCCUUUAAAAAGCUUUUACCGUUUUGUUCUGGAACCAGAACUGAUGUUAACAGCUAAUGACGUCGCUGGACCAGUGGCAAAAUUCUUGGAUAUCCCUGAAUCUCCCCUUCUAACCCUCAACAUGAUUACUCCUGAAGGCUGGUUGGUUGAAACAGUACAUAGCAACUGUGACCUUGACAAUAUUCAUUUAAAGGAUAUCGAGAGAACCGUUACAGCAGAAUAUGAACUGGAAUAUCUGCUGCUUGAAGGACAUUGCUUCGAUAUCACAACAGAACAACCUCCUCGAGGCCUGCAGUUUACACUGGGCACAAAAAAUAAACCUGUUAUGGUUGAUACAAUAGUGAUGGCCAAUCUUGGAUAUUUUCAAUUAAAAGCAAACCCAGGUGCUUGGGUACUGAAAUUACGCCAAGGAAAAUCUGAAGAUAUCUACCAGAUCGUUGGGCACAAAGGAACUGACUCUCAGCAGGAGCGGGGAGAUGUCAUUGUUGUAUUAAACAGCUUCAAAAGCAAAAUACUGCAAGUACAAGUACAAAAAAACCCAGACAGAAUUAAGGAAGAUAUCCUUUCCGAUAAAGAUGGAACAAAAAAAGGAAUGUGGGAUUCCAUUAAAAGUUUCACAAAGAGCCUGCGUAAAAAAGACGAAAAGGCAACAGACAUUCUAAACAUUUUUUCAGUUGCUUCUGGCCAUUUAUAUGAACGCUUUUUAAGAAUUAUGAUGCUUUCUGUUUUACGAAACACCAAAACACCAGUGAAGUUCUGGUUUCUUAAAAAUUAUCUCUCUCCAAAAUUUAAAGAGGUGAUUCCUCACAUGGCUGAAGAGUAUGGAUUCCAAUAUGAACUGGUCCAGUAUAGGUGGCCCCGGUGGCUUCAUCAACAAACUGAAAAACAAAGGAUUAUUUGGGGUUAUAAGAUUCUUUUCCUUGAUGUCCUUUUUCCUCUUGCAGUGGAUAAAAUCAUUUUCGUUGAUGCUGACCAGAUUGUGAGACAUGACCUGAAGGAACUUCGAGAUUUCGAUCUGGGUGGAGCACCGUAUGGGUACACGCCCUUCUGUGAUAGCCGCAGGGAAAUGGAUGGGUAUCGUUUCUGGAAAACCGGAUACUGGGCAUCACAUCUUUUGAGAAGAAAAUACCAUAUCAGUGCCUUGUACGUAGUGGAUCUCAAGAAGUUCAGGAGAAUUGCAGCAGGUGACAGGCUGCGGGGCCAGUACCAGACCCUCAGUCAAGAUCCAAACAGUCUCUCGAACCUUGAUCAAGAUCUUCCCAAUAAUAUGAUUUACCAAGUUGCCAUUAAGUCUCUUCCUCAAGACUGGUUGUGGUGCGAAACCUGGUGUGAUGAUGAAUCCAAACAAAGAGCCAAAACAAUUGAUCUGUGCAAUAACCCCAAAACAAAAGAACCUAAACUAAAAGCUGCUGCCAGGAUUGUCCCGGAAUGGGUGGAGUAUGAUACUGAGAUACGACGACUCUUAGAUCACCUUGAAAACAAGAAGAAAAAUGCAAUUUUGACACAUGAUGAACUCUAGCCCUGGCUUAUUUAAGAAAGAAGAUGAGAAAGGAUGAUGAGAAAUCUGCCACCUGCUGGGGAAGUGUGGAACUACUGCUAAUAAGACUUUUGGAAGUUUCGUUAAGGAUCGGUGACAUAUUCUUCAAUUUAAAUUAUAUUAUUUAAAAAUACAUAUAUUUAAUGUAUUGAAUAAGUUUAAGUUAUAUAAGAACUGACUAUUGAGUUGUUAAAGCUAGAUUGUCCCUCUUUCCUGAUUGCUUAAAACACUGGGUUUUCACCAGUUGAAGUGAUACUUUGCCAGAUAACCAAGUAGAAGGAAGUAUCUGGCUACCUUGUCCUCAUGGGGAUUUUUCACACCAUCCACAUCUGGGAUAUACCAGCUGUGCAUAUCCAUAUUUCUUUAUUCAUAAGAUGUAUUUAAAAUUAGAGAAAUCUAUUUUGUGUUUUUUCUACCGAGAAAGAAAAAGGACUCAUGGUAUCUCUGAAUAAUUAUUUAAAACAUUAAGCCCAUUUAUAUCUUAACUAUUGUUUUAAAAUGGAAGUAGUAUCGCACUGUAAUCACCUAUUUAUCUUAAACCAUAUGAUGUCUUAA